UCAGAGGGCACUGGCUCCCUGGAUGAAGGGUGCAAAACCUACCCCUGGCGCCCAUUUUCUCUGCUCUGGGUAAAGCACUCAAGUGCUAGGGUUGUUCUGAGCCUUCCUCAAGAAUUGUAUCAGUUUUUUUUUUUUUUUAAAUGGAUUAUUUGGAAAUCUCACAUCAAGCACCCUGAUUGUGCUCACCUCCCAGUUUUCCCACAUCUGCUCCCUCCCCUCCCCCAGGACGUUCUGCCCCCCAAAAGGAACAGGUUUGAGCAUGGGAGCACCCUCAGCAUCCAGAUGUUCUGGAGUCUGCAGUACCAGUGUCCCAGAAGGCUUCACUCCUGAGGGAAGCCCAGUAUCUCAGGACAAGGAUAUCCCCGCAAUUAACCAAGGGCUCAUCUCAGAGGAGACCCCAGAAAGCAGCUUCCUGGUAGAAGGGGACAUUAUCCGGCCAAGCCCCUUCCGAUUGUUGUCAGUGACCAAUAAUAAAUGGCCCAAGGGCGUUGGUGGCUUUGUGGAGAUCCCCUUCCUGCUUUCCAGAAAGUAUGAUGAACCCAGCCGCCGGGUCAUUAUGGAGGCCUUUGCUGAGUUUGAACGUUUCACAUGCAUCCGGUUUGUUGCCUACCAUGGUCAGAGAGACUUUGUUUCCAUUCUUCCUAUGGCGGGGUGUUUCUCUGGUGUGGGACGCAGCGGAGGGAUGCAGGUGGUGUCCCUGGCACCCACUUGUCUCCGGAAGGGCCGGGGCAUUGUCCUACAUGAGCUCAUGCACGUACUUGGCUUCUGGCAUGAGCAUUCACGUGCAGAUCGGGACCGCUACAUCCGAGUCAACUGGAACGAGAUCCUCCCAGGCUUUGAAAUCAACUUCAUCAAGUCACGGAGUACCAAUAUGUUAGUUCCCUAUGACUACUCAUCUGUGAUGCAUUAUGGGAGGUUUGCCUUCAGCUGGCGUGGGCAGCCCACCAUCAUACCACUCUGGACCUCCAGUGUUCACAUUGGCCAGCGAUGGAACCUGAGUACCUCAGAUAUCACCCGGGUCUGCAGGCUGUAUAACUGCAGCCGGAGUGUCCCGGACUCCCACGGGAGAGGGUUUGAGGCCCAGAGUGAUGGAAAAAGCCUCACUCCUGCCUCUAUAUCACAUCUACAAAGACUUCUCGAGGCACUGUCAGAAGAAUCUGGAAGCUCUGCCCCUAGUGGCUCCAGGACUGGAGGUCAGGGUAUUGCCGGGCUUGGUGACAGCCAGCAAAGAUGGGAGCAUCCUCCUCAGAGCACAUUCAGUGUGGGAGCCUUGGCAAAACCACCUCAGAUGAUAGCCGCUGCCUCAAAAUCGGGGCCCGGAGCAGGUGCAGACAGCAUGUCUCUAGAGCAGUUCCAGCUAACCCAGGCCCCCACUGUACCUCCUGCUCUAUUUCCAGAAGCCAGAGACAAGCCAGCACCUAUCCAAGAUGCCUUUGAAAGGCUAGCUCCGCUUCCAGGAGGCUGUGCACCUGGAAGUAACAUUAGAGAGGUGCCCAGAGGCUGAGCCUUUAGACUUCUGUCCCCAAGUGGAGAGGGUGUAUUCUAUUUAGAACAGCUAGGUCAAUCUAGUCUUUGGCCCCUCUGGGCAUCAUCCCUGUCUUCUAACCCCUGCACUGGCUACUCUUGGAGGCCUGGGUCACUUCCUUGGUCUCUUUUCCCACAACACCCCCACCCUGCAGAGUUCCUAGGGGUAGAGAGGCUCUAGGGGCUUUUCUUGGCUUGAGCCUUAGCCCUGGAAGAUGCAUGGCAUGGAGACAGGAUCCUGGGAGUGGCCAUCAAGAGCAAGGUUCCAGCCUUGGUUGCCUCUGGAAGUUCUUCAACUGAGGACUAGCUCCCGGCAUGGACUCGAGUGCUGCCUUGGGCAUGGACCUCAGUGGGAAGCCCUGUGGCUGGAACCUGAAUAUCCAGCUCUCCAGGAUGCCUGGCUCUAAAGAUGUUCUGAAGCCCUGGGAUUAAGUCCUGUUCUCCAGGAGGCAGAGAGCACACUUUGUUCUCCUGCUAAGCUGGACUAGCAAGAGAUGGCUCCUUAUCAGCUCUGCAUGGUGGAGGCCUUGGCAAGACCACCAGUCCCUGGGCAGCAGCCUUGAGUCUUCGUGCCCGUCAGAUCACUGUUUUGUCCACAAGGUGCUCAACUAGAAGCCCCUGAGAGCAAAUGUCACACUACUUGUCCUUCAGCUAUGCCACACCCCUUGAUCUAUGAGGUUUCUUCUAAGAACAAAGCAUGUAGGUGGUAGGGUCUGAGCCAGGAGCCCUCAAUUCUCCAGGAGCCUGUUGGGAGGCCAGGGGAGCCCUGCUUGGGAUAGAAGGGGAACCAGAACCAGCGAGGAAGGGUACUUCAUGUGGGAAAAGGCAGAAAUAAAGUUGGGUGUUUGCUUCAUG